AUGAGAAUCCAGAGGGCUCUGCGGGGCUCGUACCUGGGCUGGAGGCGCGCCACAUGGCUGCUGCUCUCCCUCCUGGUGUCUCUGCUCCUGGUGGCUGUCAGCGUCAUCCUUCAGUUCGUCAAUGUUACAAAUCCCAUCCACGUUCUUUCACUUGUGCGCCUUGUGAACGGCCAGAACAGGUGCGAGGGCCGCGUGGAGGUCCAGCACAACGGCACCUGGGGGACGGUGUGCGACGACGACUGGGACAUGGUGGACGCCAACGUGGUGUGCCGGCAGCUGCGCUGCGGCUCGGCGGUGGUGGUGGCCAGCAGCUCGGCCUUCGGCAAGGGCUCCGGGCCCAUCCUGCUGGACAACGUGGACUGCAAGGGCGGGGAGCGCGACCUGGGCCAGUGCGGGAGCCUGGGCUGGGGCGUCCACAACUGCUACCACUACGAGGACGUGGCCAUCACCUGCAAAGACACGUCGGGGCUGGAAUCACGAGGACACGCCGACUUCACGACCCCCCCUCGGAGGAGCAAUGUCCUGAGGGACGGCUCUAUCCGGCUGAUAGGAGGGCCAAACCGUUGUCAGGGGCGAGUCGAGAUCCAUUACCGCGGAAACUGGGGCACAGUGUGCGAUGACGACUGGGACCUGGCGGACGCGGGGGUGGUGUGCCAGCAGAUCGGGUGCGGCCACGCCCUGUCGGCCACCACCAACGCGUAUUUCGGCUACGGGACGGGCCUGAUCCUCCUGGACAACAACAACUGCGCGGGGUAUGAGCAGCAGCUGGCGUCUUGCUCUAGCCUGGGGUGGGGCAUCCACAACUGCGGUCACCACGAGGACGCUGGGGUCGUCUGCUCAGGGACAGGGUCUACAACAGCUCCGCCUCUGGACACCGCGACGCUGGGGAGGGGAAGAUUCUUCGACACGUGGAGCACAGCGAUGACAGAUAUUACUGUUGCAGUCACUGAAAAACCAACCACCACUCAGACUACCACACAGUCGACGACAAAAGCCCGGCCCAUGAUCCGGGUGGUGAACGGGAACAGCAGCUGCGAUGGGCGGGUGGAGGUCCUGUUCCACAGCAUCUGGGGCACGGUGUGCGACGACGAGUGGGACAUGACCAACGCCCAGGUGGUGUGCCAGCAGCUGGGCUGCGGCCCCGCCCUGGAGGCCAAGGGCCUGGCCUACUUCGGCUACGGCUCGGGCCCCAUCCUGCUGGACAACGUGGACUGCAGGGGCAACGAGCGCUCCCUGACCGACUGCUUCCACCUGGGCUGGCUCCAGCACAACUGCGGCCACCACGAGGACGCCGGGGUCGUCUGCAUGCGUAAGGCGCUCCCGCGGCAACGGCCUCCAUUUGUGAGCAGUCCUUCGAUCUCACGAGAUUUCAACGUAGGCAAGCCUGCCACUACAAAGACACCAGUGGAAGGGUCCCUGAGGCUGGUGAACGGGCGGCACCCCUGCGAGGGCCGGGUGGAGAUGUUCGUCCAGGCGCGCUGGGGCACGGUGUGCGACGACGCCUGGGACCUCCCGGACGCCCAGGUGGUCUGCAGGCAGGUGGGCUGCGGGGAGGCCACCCACGCCCGCGGCGAGGCCUUCUUCGGCCGGGGGAACGGUACCAUCCUCCUGGACAAUCUGAAGUGCAGCGGCCUGGAGACCUCCCUCCAGGAGUGCUCCCACAUACCCUGGAACGUCCACAACUGCGACCACUCGGAGGACGCCGGAGUGACCUGCGUCUUGUUGUGAUUCACCUCCGGCCAAACCAGCUUCUGGCGAUUAAAAAAAAGGAACCGCGGACUUGUAAACACUUGUAAAUAACCACUGACCCUCCUUGAACAAAAAAAAAAAAAGAACAAAGCAAAUAUGAA